CGGGGAGAGGCCGGGUUUCCGAUUCCGGCCAGCCUCGCUCUGGUCCCUGCGGCUGGCUGCCGAGCCUUGUGCCUCCGCCAUAUUGUCUGUGUGAGGCCGGUGGGGAGGGAGCCCAGCGCGGCGGUCGCUUCAGCUUCAUUGGGGGGGCGCUCUUGCCCCUGAAGCUGUGGUUGGCCAGUCUCUUCACAGCUCUGUGGAUGGCAGGGGCUUAUGUCCUGAGGAAAGCUCCACCCCAGCUGAAAAUUGGUUCAAAAUACUUUUAUUGGAAUAGCAAGUUAUAUCACUAAUGCUCAAGCAUGUGAUUUUUUUUUUUUAAAGAGGACCAAUUGGUUGGAAAAACCAAAGGCCCAUCCAAGGCCUUCACCCUGUGUCCGGUUUUGAGCUCAGAGGCUACCAGAAAUCUAAACACCUAAUAUAACUCCACCUAGCAACCUGUCCGACAUGUCAGGACCCGUGCCAAGCAGGGCCAGAGUUUACACUGACGUAAACACGCACAGACCCCGAGAGUACUGGGACUAUGAGUCACAUGUUGUCGAAUGGGGAAAUCAAGAUGACUACCAGCUAGUUCGGAAAUUAGGCCGGGGCAAAUACAGCGAAGUGUUUGAAGCCAUCAACAUCACAAAUAAUGAAAAAGUAGUAGUUAAAAUCCUCAAGCCGGUAAAAAAGAAGAAAAUCAAGCGUGAAAUCAAGAUCUUAGAGAACUUGCGAGGUGGUCCCAAUAUAAUCACCCUUGCAGAUAUAGUAAAAGACCCUGUGUCCCGGACCCCUGCUUUGGUUUUUGAACAUGUAAACAACACAGACUUUAAGCAAUUGUACCAGACAUUAACAGACUAUGAUAUUAGGUUCUACAUGUAUGAGAUUUUGAAGGCUUUAGAUUACUGUCAUAGCAUGGGGAUCAUGCACAGAGAUGUCAAACCCCACAACGUCAUGAUUGACCAUGAGCACAGAAAGCUGAGGCUAAUAGACUGGGGUCUGGCUGAAUUCUAUCAUCCUGGCCAGGAGUACAAUGUCAGAGUGGCUUCCCGAUACUUCAAAGGACCUGAACUCCUUGUAGAUUAUCAGAUGUAUGAUUAUAGUCUGGAUAUGUGGAGCUUGGGUUGCAUGUUGGCCAGUAUGAUCUUCCGAAAGGAGCCAUUUUUCCAUGGCCACGACAAUUAUGAUCAGUUGGUGAGGAUAGCCAAGGUGCUGGGGACAGAAGAUCUAUAUGACUACAUAGACAAAUACAACAUUGAGCUGGAUCCACGCUUCAAUGACAUCUUGGGCAGGCACUCCCGUAAGCGAUGGGAGCGCUUUGUUCACAGUGAGAACCAACACUUGGUGAGCCCAGAAGCUCUGGAUUUCUUAGACAAAUUGCUGCGGUAUGAUCACCAGUCACGACUCACAGCAAGAGAAGCCAUGGAACACCCCUACUUCUAUCCCAUUGUGAAGGACCAGGCUCGGAUGGGUUCAUCCAGCAUGCCAGGUGGCAGCACUCCUGUCAGCAGCGCAAGUAUGAUGUCAGGGAUCUCUUCAGUGCCAACACCUUCGCCCCUUGGACCUCUAGCAGGCUCACCCGUGAUUUCUGCCACCAAUACUCUGGGGAUGCCGGUUCCAGCUGCUGCAGGCGCUCAGCAGUAGUGAUGGGUUUUGUCUCCGAAUGCCUGAGCUGAGUCAGGUGGGGAAGAGGUUCCCCCUCUACCUCUCCCCAGGUGGCAGUUUGCACCUGGCCGGGGAAGGGAGGGGAUGGAACGCUUUGGAGGCACCGUGUCUGAACAGUUGCUUGUGGAUUUAUAGUAGUUCAGUCAUUAUAUAAAAAAAUUAUUAUAGGCUGAUUUUUUUUUCUUUUUUUUUUACUUGAACUUUUCGUAACUCAGGGGAAUCCCUGAAAAUACUGCAGAUGGAAUAUUUCUCGGACAAUUUUUUUUCCCAGACUCCGCAUCACUUGAGAACAAAGAUGAACCAACUACAUUUCCAGGCUGUUGUAUCCUGCUGGAAAUCUCUUCUCUUCAUAGUCCCACCAUUACUCCUCCACCAGCUCACAACUUGGGGGGAUUGUCUUGUGCUUUUCUCUGGAGUCUACCAGACCAAGUCUUCACAAGGCAGUGGGAGGGGGAUUCUUAAAGUACCAGUCACUUUAACACCAUAUUCUGCAUAUGACUCAACUGGGGUACAUUGAGGAGACAACUUCAGUUUGUAGAGAUGGUAAAAACUUAUAAGAAAUAAGCGCAGAUAAGGCCUAAAACCCUAUUCUGUCCUGUAUGAAUCAUGUCUCUCUAGGAGCUAACCAGAGCGCUGACUCUCUCCCUUGCAUGUAAUUUUAGUCUUAAAGCAUAAAGUUACUGAUCCAGUUGACGCUCUUGCCAUCUGCUGUUGAAGGUGCUCCAGUAGGGUAAGCUGUACUCUAAUCAGUACCUUUUCCACAUAAGGUUCUUCCGGCCAAUCCCUUGGCUUGGAAUUCUGGAAUUAAUUUGUUACUGGGGAUAUUGGUUUUGUUUUUUUAAAUUGUUUAUACAGAUUUCAAAAUGGUGGCUACUUAAAGAGCUGGAAAAUCAGACUGCGCCAAGUCACGUAUUGAGUCCUCACCCACCACCCCCACCCUCAUGUGCCAUGUGGUGAGAAUACUGGUUACCUCACAGUCUUGUAAAUACGCACUGAGAGGAAGGAGCGAGUAGACUAAUUUAAACUGAAAUGGUAGACCUGUAAUUGUGGACAGAUAUUACUAUUGAUGACAAAGCACCCUUGUUACAGCCUUGCUACCCUUUGCUGUGUAUAUAUACUUUGUCCUUCAUAUGUGAAAGAUCCAGUGUUGGAAUUCUUUGGUGUAAAUAAACAUUUGGUUUUAUUUAUCAA